UAGGCGUGUCCUCGCCCAGGAGAUGGCACACUGGUUUCACCGAAAUCCUCUCAAGGCUACAGCGCCUGUGUCCUUUAAUUUUUAUGGUGUUGCAGGGAGCCCCACCGCUAAUAAAAUCUGCAACCAGCCGAAUGUUCUAUCAAGAGAAACACCAUCUCAUGAUUUGCUGUUUGUUCACCAAAUGCAGUGACCUCAGGACAACCAGGGCAAGGUUGCUGGAAAUGUUCACCGAUGUCACCUGCAACGCAGAAAUCAUGAAAAGUGCCACAGAUGCAUACUUCUCCCUCCUACAAUGCCUUCUUGUAUCCUUGGAUGGAACAACACAGGACAACAAGAUGAGGUAUAUCCAGAACUUCAAAUGGACUGAUACUUUACAAGGGAACACACCAAGUCCCUUUCUUCUAUGCACUCAACUUAGUGCCCAACAAGAUGCAGUCUUCGAGCUGGUCUCCAUGUCCUUCAACGUAGCGCUCUGGUACACAAAGUUUGCGUCAAGGCUUGCUGGAAAAGAAAAUGUCUCAGAUGAUGAAGCGAAAGAUGUUCACCGCAGCCUGAAGGUUGCUGCUGGAAUCUUCAAAUCUCUUAAGGAGGUCCACAUCCCCCGUCUCAUCACCCCCGCAGAAAAAGGUAGAGACCUGGAUCCCAGAGUGAUUGAUGCAUACAUCAUCCAGUCUCAGGCAGAAGCUCAAGAAGUGACAAUCGCCAGAGCCAUUGAAUUGAAGCACAACGCCUCAAUUGUUGCGGCGUUGGCAUCCGAGACAGCAAACUUUUAUCAGAAAGCCGACCACACACUGAACACUUUGGAGCCCGAGUGCAGCAGCAAGUGGAGGAAGUAUCUCCAGCUGAAGUUCUACUUUUACAUGGCUUAUGCGUACUGCUAUCAUGGACAGACGCUGCUGGGGAAUGAUAAGUGUGGUGAGGCGAUACGAUCUCUGCAAGAAGCAGAAAAGGCAUAUUCCCGCGCCGAGGAGCUGUGUAAAGAGUAUCGUCACACCAAAGGCCCGGGCACCACAGCCAAACCAUCUGAGCAGGUUUUCUUCCUCAAACUGGGUGGCUUCGUUAAGAACACACUGGAGAAGUGCCAGAGAGAAAAUGGCUUUAUAUACUUCCACAAGGUCCCAGCGGAACCUCCCCAGCUAGAGAUGAAGGCGAGCUAUGGCCUGGCUGAGCCAGCCCCGUAUGAGCUCCCACCCCCCAAUGAGCAGUGUACUCCUGAAGUUUAUGCCACCUUUGACCUGACUCGGGGAGCCAAAAAUGACAAGGCCAAACCUAAAGAGGAAGAAGUGAAACCAAUGAAGGAACCCGAUUUAAAGCCCCAGAAGGACACAGGCUGUACCGUUUCCUAAAUAUAUUGGAUUUAUUCCUCUCAUACUGCAGUAGCAUCCAGUAGGCCCAUAAUACAGCCUCUCUUAUUUUACAUGUAUGCUGGAAUGUUUAGCGUAUUUGGAUAUAACAUCACCAUCAUGAUUGCCAGAGCCAGUUAUGGUCACAUUAUUUUUAGAGCUCAUAGUAAAGCCCAAGUAUUUGUGGCAUUUGAUUACAACUGUCCUUCAUAAUGUAAACCUCAAUGUAAUCAACUCAGUCUUUUUCAUUCAGCUUGGAGUGGUUAAGUUUGGUGCCUCACUGGAGUUUUGAUCCACGGGGUGUGUGCUCUGGCGCAAUGAGAUGGCACUCAACACAAGAAAUAUAUCAAUGGGGACCAUGAAAAUAACGAUCCUUUAAAAAAAAAAAAAAAAAAAAAAAAUAUAUAUAUAUAUAAUACUUUUGCAAAUGCACUUGAUGAAAUCUGUCUUAGAAAUAUAAUUAGCUUGACAUUCAUUUAAAUCCAUGGUGGGUAAACAGAAUAAAUAAGAACUGAAGUUGCCACGUGCGCCGACGUCACGUGACCAAACCCUGAAAACAGGUUGGCGGACUUCCUGUGUAUGCCGCGAUAAUGAUCAUGACAACGGUUUGAUGACAUAUUGUUUGAACUCGAAUUUGCUCACACUUUUCUUUCUUUAUAGCUGGUGUCUUUGGACAAAAAUUAUAUACAUAGAUCAUUUAUUUAUACAAACAUGGUACAGUAAACACGAAUGAAGCGUAAACAUUGAAUAUUGUCAACUUUGGUGGCUCUGUGGUGACAUCUCAAAUCUAAAAAAUGAACAUUGUAGACGUUUUAAGUUCAUACGGGGGAUUUGUCAAAGUCCCCAUUGCCAAACAGGUUGUUUUGUUGUAGUAGUAGGUUGCAUGUACACCAGAUGUAGUUUAUUUUAGGUGUAGCAUUUUACAAUCAUGUUAAAUCACAACUAUAGGUAUUUAUUGACAUAACAUGGAUCUGUCAGUUUACUAAUAAAUGAAAUUAAUAACAAAGCUACAUUAGUCUUGGGAGUCUGUCCCUCAUAAUCAUAGUUCCUUAUUUAUUCAUGUUAUGUAUAAUUUUAGUAGAUAACUUCAAACCAACAGUUUACAGUCAAGUGGGACUCAAAUUAUUUUUGUCCAAAUUAAUUUUCUCAUAUUCUUUAUGCAUCACAAUUGCCUUACAUAAACUGCUGAAUCAUGUUUACUUUAUUGGCUAAAAAAAAAAAAACUCCCAGUACUUGGGAGUUUAACUGCAAACGGACAAUUAAAGAAACAGCUGCAGAGCUGCGUGACAGACAGUUACAGCGUCAAAGACUCCCAGUGGGAUUUCAACUUGCGUGAGCUGAAGCGCAACCACUCGAACUGUGUCCACGCUGUUGUGCUGUUUGUCAACGUUUUUGUCCAGAUGGACGGUGACAGUGAAAAAUGGAAAUGCUGGCAAAAUGCUACAAAACAGGAAUACAAUGAGAGAAACAAUUGUUCUGCUCUUUGGAACUGACUGAUGCUUGUUUUGUGUUCUCAUCAAAGGGUUGAGUUCAUUAUCACAACUGAAAAUCAUUGUAAUGUAUGUACCUUUUGUCGUUUCUGUAAACUGCACUACAAUCAAUAAUAAAUCACAGUUAUAACCGA